ACUAGUAUCAAGCUCAGAUUCCUUCGGUUCUGAGCUUGUUUUUAUCUCAUUGAAAAGGUCAACACCUUGAUCAUAAUUCUUCUCGACUGAGAAUUUCAGAGAAUAUGCCAGAAGAUUCAGUAAUUUCUCCUAUGAAUCAGAUUUGGGGCAGACUUUCUAUUGCCUUUGCAGGAAUAAGUGUUGGUAUCUUUCUGUUCUUUUGCUUCUAUAAGAUGUUCAGAAAUCACUACAUCACAUUAUUCACACAUAGAAGGCAAAAUCCUGAGGACCAUUCUCUUCAGUCUGCCAGAAGUAGAGGCCUAUCUCCUGCUGUUACAAGCUCUCUUCAAGCGAUUCAGUUUAACGAAGAGAUUAGAAAAGGUGAUAACAAGAGCUCUGAUUGCGCAAUUUGCCUUGCUGAGUUCAAGAUAGGGGAAUGGUUACGGGUACUGCCCGGGUGCUCUCAUGGAUUUCAUUUACAGUGCAUCGAUGCUUGGCUUUGCUCUCAUUUGGACUGCCCUUUGUGCAGAAAGCAAGUUCGGUGCAGUUCUCGUUCUUCUGUUGUUUCGUUGGAGACUCUACCGAGGGAAGAUAUCAGCCAUGAGAGGCUUCUGAGUUCACAUCAUGAGACUGGAGGUAUGCGUGGUUUGAUGUCGGUUUAAGUAUCCGAUAUUCUA